GGGGGAUAGCAGCGGGCAGGCCAGCGGCUACCCACAGUGCUGACGCUAGGGAUGGAGAGGGGCGGGAAACAACAAGCACGUUCUGAUCCCCCCCCACUCAUGAUUCUCUGCCGCGUGCCGACGCGGAGCGUGAAGGGUAAGUCCCCGCCGCUAGCCAAUCAGGCCACGGCGCACGGGAGACCCUGGGCCCCGCGCAAUCUAGCAGCCCGCAGGCAGACCGUUCGGGCCUCGACAGGAGGGGAGGAGGAGGAGGAGGAGGAGGAGGAGGAAGGAGAGAGGAGGGAGGCAGGAGAGAGGGAUCCGCUCCAUCGCCGCCAGCAGGCCUGGCCAGCCUCCAGCAAGGGCGUCAGGCUCGGGGGAUAGCAGCGGGCAGGCCAGCGGCUACCCACAGUGCUGACGCUAGGGAUGGAGAGGGGCGGGAAACAACAAGCACGUUCUGAUCCCCCCCACUCAUGAUUCUCUGCCGCGUGCCGACGCGGAGCGUGAAGGGUAAGUCCCCGCCGCUAGCCAAUCAGGCCACGGCGCACGGGAGACCCUGGGCCCCGCGCAAUCUAGCAGCCCGCAGGCAGACCGUUCGGGCCUCGACAGGAGGGGAGGAGGAGGAGGAGGAGGAGGAGGAGGAUGAGCAGGAAGGAGAGAGGAGGGAGGCAGGAGAGAGGGAUCCGCUCCCUCGCCGCCAGCAGGCCUGGCCAGCCUCCAGCAAGGGCGUCAGGCUCGGGGGAUAGCAGCGGGCAGGCCAGCGGCUACGCACAGUGCUGACGCUAGGGAUGGAGAGGGGCGGGAAACAACAAGGACGUUCUGAUCCUCCGCCACUCAUGAUUCUCUGCCGCAUGCCGACGCGGAGCGUGCAGGGUGAGUCCCCGCCGCGAACGAAUACCCUCUGCGGCGCACGGGAGACCCUGGGCCCCGCGCAAUCUAGCAGUCAGUAGGCAGCCUGUUCUGGCCUCGACAGGAGGAUGAGGCGGAGGAGGAGGAGGAGGAGGAGGAGGAGGAGGAGGAGGAAGAAGAGGAGCAUAAGGGGGAUGAGCAGGAAAGAGAGAAGAAGGAGGGAGGAGAGAGGGAACCGCUCCCUCGCCGCCAGCAGGCCUGGCCAGCCUCCAGCAAGGGCGUCAGGCUCGGGGGAUAUCAGCGGGCAGGCCAGCGGCUACCCACAGUGCUGACGCUAGGGAUGGAAAGGGGCGGGAAAAAUAGGAACGUUCGGAUCCUCCCCCACUCAUGAUUCUUUGCCGCGUGCCGACGCGGAGCGUGAAGGGUAAGUCCCCGCCGCUAGCCAAUCAGGCCACGGCGCACGGGAGACCCUGGGCCCCGCGCAAUCUAGCAGCCAACAGGCAGACCGUUCGGGCCUCGACAGGAGGGGAGGAGGAGGAGGAGGAGGAGGAGGAGAAGGAGGAGGCGUCGUCGGAAUUGACAUUGCAGCAAUCUGCGCGUGGUAAGGCUGAGGGCUCUCACCCCGGGAGCCUGUUUCGACCUUGAAAUGCAAGGCGCCCUGCUCUAUGUGCCAAAUUUUGCCUUCUACGCCUUCAAACUUUGACCACUGCGGGUGCUCAUCGCGCGCGCCCUGAGCUUGGAAACGGAGACCGUCGUCUCCCUUCCGCGAAUUCAGAACAAGUGGGAAAAUCCAGGGCAGAUCACAGUCCGGCAAGUUUCUGCGUCAACGCCCAUGGCGGUAACUCGUUCCCAGAAGAUGGCAACGGCCUCCGCAUAGACAGGGCCGUCGUACGGAUCUGUCCAGCCUUGGAGCGCUUCGGUGGAGUGGCUGUACGAGCUGUUAAAGCACUUGCCGCUGUGAGGGUCUCUGGGGCCGUCGCCACAGGCGCGCAUUUUCUGUUUUGCCCCCUUGCCGGGGCGGACGUUGAGAAAAUCGCGGGAGCUGCAGCGGCUCCCAAAUAUUGCGUGGAACAAGCAUACUGAGAGAGACCACUCUUCAACCAGACCCACAAACACAAACCCUGUCCGAAGCCUCUCGAUUGCAAGUGAAACCCUGCUUGCGUUGGCUGGGUCUCUACAGUCGCACUGAUGACCAGUCAACAUGUUUGCGUAACACCCAGCUACACUUUGGCCGUAUUCAGAUAUGUUUCCCUUGAAAUUCCUGCAAUCAUGCCGCCCAUGCUUAUACGAAGACAUAACGCGUUGUUCUGGCUGGCGAAACAAUGUCACAACAUUUCCACGAUGCAGGUUCCAGUUACGGCAACCACGGACCACUUUCGUAGGAUUCCCUGUCAAAGUUGGAUCAGUUGGACCGCACCAAGGACACGCCUGCAUUUCAAGUGAAAUUGGGUUGUGGUUCUCGCACAACGUAAACCCCGGAUAGCACGACGAAUGGAAUUUAGAUGCUAGUGCUGAAAAUAAGACGUGUCCUGAUCCUCCUCCACCCGCGUCCGACACAUAUUCGUUUGAAGGCAUGGUUGGGCAACCAGCUGUCAAGAACGCGUUCAUAAUGGAUGUCCCGGUUUUGGGGAAAUGCACCCACGCCAUCUUACUUACAUCUGCAUAGCUGUGAGACAAAGUUGUGCGCUUCCCAACCAGAGGAAAGCGGCCAAGAACACUCGCCUUGCUGGUUGAUGACUGAUUCGGCAAUGCAGGUGCCUCCGUUUGAUGAGAUAUCGAACGUGCAUCGGCAUGCAAACUCUUUACUGUAAGCUCAUCAGAGGGAAGGCGGUUGGGCACACUUGACAAGAUGGUACGGGAUAUGCCGGCGAAAAAGACCGAUAGUCCACAUAUCAAUAAAACCAAGCACAAUAAACAAAUGGCCAAGUAGUGUAUGCCAAACCCAGGUGGCAUGCUGCGGCGAAUAAUAUACUUGGCACCAGUGGCUUACACCGAAGUAGCUAGUACUGGAACAAUGGACAAACACUUGAGCCACCCUUGGGCCGGUGGCU